AUGUCUGAUGUUAAAUCUAUUGAUAUAAAUAAAGAAGAGUUGAUCAACUCUGUUAGAUUUUACCCUUGUCUUUAUGACAAAAGAUCAAUUGGGUAUAAAAAUACCCAGAAAAAUAAUUCCAUAUGGAAAUCCAUAGCAGCAGAAAAUAGUAUUGAGACAGAAGAGAUAGCUAAAUCUACAUGGAAGAAUCUAAGAGAUUCUUUUUUGAGGGAACAUAAAAAGUUGAAAUGUUUAAAAAAAUCUGGGAAACAAUACACCAACCUGAAAAAAAUAAAACCUCUUAUACCUAAUAUUGGUGAAGCAAACAUUGCUAGAGCAAUGUUUGAACAGAUGAGUGGAAAUUUCCAAUAUGAAGAUGCUGUUGAAAUUGAAUGUGUAGAGACUAGUCAGAGUCAAUCUACAGAUGUUAGGAAUGAUGCAUCACCAUCAACUAGUGAAUCUUAUGUACCUGGCAAAAAGUUAAUUAAAAAGAGAGAUAUUGAUCAAGAUUUAUUUGAGCAAGUUCUUGAAAUUGAAGGAAUAAAAGAAAGCAGAAAAUCAACAAAUUCUUGGAUCAAUGUGAUGCUUGAGCAGACCCUGGCAAAAAGAUCAGAUAGUGGAAAGAAAAAAUUAAUAAAAAUUAUUUGUGACAUUUUGUUAAAUUUUGAUAGUGAUGUAGAAUAA